AUGAACAACUCACUACCAAGCGACACCACUUCAGAAUCACCUCACCACACCACCAUAAACAUAACCGAAAACCCAAUAAUCGACGCUACCGAUGGCGAUGACGCUACCACCAUCUCGGCCAGGAGCAUCGGCACCACCAGUGCGUCACCAUCGGGGUCACCACUUCAUACGGCGACCACGGCGGCGCCUGUCGCCAGGGCCAGGAGGAAAUCGAGGACCAGCUUGACGGAUAAUCAUAGUAAUGUCGAUGUUCAUAGAGGGACUUCACCAGACAGACUGCUUAGGAGAUCUAGGAGGGCCUCAUUCGACAUGGACUCUCUUCACUUACAACCUUUACGAGAAACCGACAUCGAAAAUAAAGAGCCAAUACCUCCACUUGCUGGUCCUGAAAUUUGGGACACUGACAAAUCAGAUGGUUCCGAUUCUGCACCAGCUUUGCCUCAACCAGGAGUCGACGAUGGUUUCUUUACCAGGACAAAUGGUGAGGAGGACGAACCUGGUAUAGAUGACGGAUUGCUACCGCCGAAACCGAAAGACAAAGACGAGCAUGAUGAUGACGACAAACACCACUACGACCCUGCUCAUCAUCAUCACAAUGGUGUUGGCUCCAGAAGAGGAAGUUUUCCACCUUUUCCAUAUGCACCAGAUUUUACACCAAUGACGGUAAAUACUAAAUGA